CUUAAAGGGCAACUCCGGCGAUUUUUCGAUGUCAACGGAUGUCGAUGAAAUUCGCUGGGUCUGUUCCUCUGAAUACCUCCGUCAUGUCCUAAAAAAAGCAGGCUUGAGAGUUGCACAGAUUUUUUACAAAUGAAUUUAAUUUAUUGCCUCGAGCACCCUACCUUACCUCCUCCUCAGUUACAAGCCACAUUGUGCAUGACGUCAGGAAUAGUUCACGCAGCGCAGAGCAUGCCGGGAUCAUGCAGACGACAGCGACGAGAGCAUGGAGGAGUCGACGAUCGUGAGCUAGUGCUUCGCGUGAGAAGUUGCUGUCGCGAGAAUUUGUGUCCCCUGUGGACGGGCAAGUGAUGAGGGGUGGCAAGUGGUGUUGCGUUGUUGGCUGCACGAACCACUCGAACAACGCGCAGCAUCUAAAAAGAGUUUGCUAUCACUACUUUCCUCGCGACAAUGUGCUUCGCGAGCGGUGGAUUAGUGCUAUCUUGCGUGACAACUGGUCCCCGAGCAAACAAGCGGCCGUGUGUUCCGAUCAUUUCGCACCUGAUGCCUACAAGGAUAGUGUUCAUCUGAUGGAAGCCUUCGGAUUAGCAAAACCAUACUUUCGUAGGCACUUGAAGGCGGAUGCCGUGCCGACAGUGUUCGACCAGACAAAGCUGAGCCAGCCGCCAGCGCCACGAUGCAAAGCCGUCAAAAGAAGAGCGGAGCAUGAUCUCCAAGAAGCACUUGGCGUGGCAGAGCCGGAGGACGACCAUGUGGAGAGUAACAAUCAGCAUGAGUUGAGUUUCCAAGCUGCCACCACCACACAGCACAGUGAUGUGCGGGAAGCUGAGCCACAGAUGCGUGAUGUUUACGUUCAAACAGUUCCUCACGUACAGAAGUCAAAGGCUGUACAGACAUGCAUCAAGAAUCCAUCUGUUGGGGUCCAGGCCAGCCCAUUAUCUGUUUGUGACAGCUUUGUGCAAACUGAAGACAGGCUGGCAUACAGUGAAGAGGUACCAUCAGAGUUGAGGCCGUUCUGCUCUACGCCGAGACAUGAUAUUGAUGCACCAGGUCUCAAUCUAUACAGGACUGACUACCUCAGUGAUGAGCUGUCCAGCUGUGAUGACUCGGACUCGGAUAUCAUUGACUACACAAAUGACUCGUCAUACGUCUGUGAUGAGCUGAACGAUGAUGACAGUGACCCUGAGCCACCUGUACAGGAAAUGUGUGCUGAAGAUGGGGUGACUACAAAGAAAUACAUUGUUUUGAAUCCUGCUUGAUGGAACUGUUGAAGCGUUGCCGGGUGUGUGGAGCAUCCGAAAGCAGAGUAGACAUUGCGGCAACAGGAACAAUGAUUUCUGCUACCAUAAAGUGUGCCAAAAACCAUGAAACGAAGUGGUCGAGUCAGCCGAUGGCCAAAGGAAAGGCUCUUGGCAAUUUGUUGUUGUGCUGCGCCAUUCUAUUCACUGGGAGCAGUCCAACCAAAGUGAUUCGCCUGUUGUCAGUUAUGGGAGUGCAGUCACUUCAAAAGACACAGUACUUCCAGUACCAAAGGUGCUACCUACUUCCAGCGGUUGAGCAGGCAUGGCAGUCCCAGCAGAAGUCUGUCAUUGAAGAGGCCAGACACCAGCCACGCUCACUAGCAGGUGAUGGCAGAUGUGACACGCCUGGCCACUCCGCAGACUUUGGCACUUACACGUUGUUGGACACUGAGCUGAACAAAAUAAUGCACACUGAGCUUGUCAAGUCAACAGAAGUUUCUUCAAGCAACAAAAUGGAGAAAGAAGGUCUGGAGAGAGCCCUCGAUCAUCUGAUUGAGCUGGGACUUCACAUCGAUUCCCUGGUGACGGAUCGGCAUUGUGAAAUUAAGGCUUUCAUGAGAACCCAGCACCCAAUGAUAUGCCACUUGUUUGACCUGUGGCAUAUUGCAAAA